UCCAAGUGUCUCAGAGCAGAUAAGUGUUUGCAAACACUUCGGGGUGAAAGCAGCGUACUGAAUAGUUACAUCCAACUCUGAAGCCAGUACAGGAAUCAUUCACCAUUGACCAAAUAUGGACCAGAAAGAAUUGGUUUUAAGUGCGUGCUCACAGAGUGACCAACAUACCCACCCUCCAGAGGACACAUUGGAUCCUAUUAGCGGUGAAGCUGACGAGAAUGUGGAACGGGGUAACUGGUCCUCGAAGACUGACUACUUGCUCUCGAUGAUUGGCUGUGCUGUGGGUCUGGGCAAUGUCUGGAGGUUCCCUUACCUGGCUUACAGAAACGGAGGAGGCACAUUCCUAAUUCCCUAUGUCAUCACACUGGUACUUGUUGGGAUGCCAAUGUUUUUCUUGGAUUCUUCGCUUGGGCAGUUUGCCAGCCUCGGACCUGUUCCAGUGUGGAAAGCUGUGCCAACAUUACAAGGUGUUGGUAUAACCAUGGUCCUUUUUGGUGCAAUCUGUGAGGUUUACUACUCCUGCAUCCUCGCCUACAGUCUGUACUACCUGUUUGCUUCCUUCCAAUCACCCCUGCCGUGGGCAGACUGCUUCAGUUGGUGGGGAGCAGAUGAAACAUGCAGCAGGACUCCCAAAGAUCCACUCUGCAAUUUCACUCUGGAUGGUGGAUCUUUUGAAAUCGUUAAUACAACAUGGCUGCAGGCAAACAAUGAAACUUGUCUGAAUGGAUCAGAAAUCUCCGUUCCUCACCAGGGUCCGAGUGAGCAAUACUGGGAUAAAGUGGUUUUACGCCGUUCCAGUUCAAUGGAUGAGACUGGGGAGAUAGUCUGGUAUUUAGCCCUCUGUCUGCUUCUGGCCUGGCUGAUGGUUGGGGCAGCAUUAUCGAAAGGAAUCAAAUCUUCAGGAAAGGUGGUUUAUUUCACUGCGACGUUCCCUUAUGUGGUUCUGACCAUUCUCCUGAUCCGUGGGGUUACCCUGGAGGGAGCUUCUAAAGGAAUUGAAUUCUACAUCGGAAGCCAAUCAAACUUCUCCAGACUGGCUGAUGCUGAGGUCUGGAAAGAUGCCGCAACACAGAUUUUCUAUUCUCUUGCAUUGGGUUCCGGCAGUUUAAUAACUCUGUCAUCCUACAACAAGUUCCACAACAACUGUUACCGAGACUCCAUCGUGGUCUGCAUUGUAAAUUGUGCUACGAGUGUGUUUGCUGGAUUUGUCAUCUUCUCCAUCCUUGGACACAUGGCUCAUGUACAAGACAAGCCUGUUUCAGAGGUUGCACAGUCAGAUUUUGGUUUGGUCUUCAUUGCCUACCCAGAGGCCCUUGCACAGUUGCCAUGGGCACCUUUAUGGUCCGUUUUAUUUUUCCUCAUGCUGCUAACUCUGGGACUCGACACUCAGUUUGCGACUGUGGAAACAAAUAUAACCAUUCUACUGGACCAGUUCCCUAAAUUUCUACGAUCAAAGCGCCUUUACCUGACUAUUGGUGUUUGUUUGUUAUUUUAUUUCCUUGGCCUUGUAUACGUGACACAGGCUGGAAUUUUCUGGAUUAAUUUUAUUGAUUAUUUCUGUGCUGGAUGGAUUCUGAUUACAACUGGUCUACUGGAACUCAUUGGCCUGAGUUGGAUCUAUGAAAGAAAGAAGUCAAAUACAUGGGCUGAAGUUAUAAAGUUCCAGGGAAGAAGCAGGACAAACAGAUUCAUCAAGGACAUUGAGAUGAUGAUUGGGGAAAGGACUUGGCUCUUCUGGCUGUGGUGGAGAGCCUGUUGGUUUUUUAUCACCCCAUGUGUGUUGACAAUAAUUCUAAUCUGGUCCUUAGCAACGAUUGCCCCUCCAACGUAUGGAUCUAUUGAAUACCCUGUCUGGGCAAUAGCACUAGGCUGGUGUCUGAUCAUCUUCUGUAUGAUGUGGAUCCCGAUCGUGACUGUGGUGAGAGUUGUCCAAGCUGAGGGCUCCACCUUGUGGCAGAAAUUAUCUUCUGCUUGUGCAUCAGCUCCUGACUGGGGUCCAUACUUGGAAAAGCACAGAGGAGAAAGAUACAGCAGAAGGCCUGACUAUACAGGGAUCCCAAACCAGCAAUUUCUUACUUUGCCCGAGAUGAAAUUUUAAACGAUAAUCUCCUAAAUGAAAAGCAAUGGGAGUAAGAAUACAUCACCAUUCAGAUAUAAUAUAUUAUUAAGACCUCCAUUAUUUUUACGUUUCUCUCUCUUGGUCUGGAAUCGUGAGCUAGAGUUGAAGGCAAACUUUCGGCUCUGAGCAACAUCUUGUUUUUUUUAAGAAAUGGUAAGAGUUGAUAUUUGUUUCUGGGACCUGGCCUAAAAGUUAAUUGCAGGUUGGUUAUUGUUCAAAGAGCAUUGGCAAUAAUGUAUCACCAGGGCCGAAAAGUCCACAAAGGCUGGCAUAUGAUUGGAUGUUAAAAGGGGCCAUUACUGAGACUGGCGCGAACCACUCUAACUGUUGGGGCAAAAACAGAGAGCAAUGGUUUUGAACUGUAUUUUUUAGACAGGCUAUAGUUGUGAGAGGUUUUGUUAGUUUGCUCAAUGGUUAGCACUGCUGUCGCACAGCACCAGGGACCGGGGUUCGAUUCCAGCCUCGGGCGACUGGCUGUGUG